CCAGAGCGAGCAUCCAGCCAUGUCGGUGCGCCCGAACGAUCGGAUCAGCGCGCGGCGGAACACCUACAAGGUGACGGUGGACGCCGAUGAGGGCCGGCGGCGGCGCGAGGACAACAUGGUGGAGAUCCGCAAGGGCCGCCGCGAGGAGAGCCUCCUCAAGAAGCGCCGCGAGGGGCUACAGGCCCAGGUUCCCAUCCCCGCCGCCGGCGUCGAGAAGAAGCUUGAAAGCCUCCCUGCCAUGGUUGCUGGGGUUUAUUCAGAUGAGAACAGCAUGCAGCUUGAGGCGACGACGCAAUUCCGCAAGUUGCUAUCUAUAGAAAGGAGCCCCCCAAUUGAAGAAGUUAUCCAGUCAGGUGUUGUUCCUCGAUUUGUGCAGUUUCUUACCAGAGAGGAUUUCCCCCAACUCCAGUUUGAAGCAGCAUGGGCACUCACAAACAUUGCGUCGGGUACAUCAGAUAAUACAAAGGUUGUGAUUGAUCAUGGGGCAGUUCCAAUAUUUGUGAAGCUGCUUGCGGCCGGUAGUGAUGAUGUUCGUGAGCAGGCUGUCUGGGCAUUGGGUAAUGUUGCUGGUGACUCACCAAAGUGCCGUGAUCUUGUUCUCGCAAAUGGCGCAUUGAUGCCUCUGCUAGCCCAGUUGAAUGAGCAUGCUAAGCUCUCCAUGUUAAGGAAUGCCACCUGGACUUUAUCAAAUUUCUGCAGAGGAAAGCCACAGCCAGCAUUUGAACAGACUAAGCCUGCUCUGCCAGCACUUGCACGACUUAUUCAUUCCAAUGAUGAGGAAGUUUUAACUGAUGCAUGCUGGGCCCUUUCGUAUCUCUCUGAUGGCACGAAUGACAAGAUCCAAUCUGUGAUUGAUGCUGGUGUCUGCCCCCGGCUUGUGGAGCUUCUGCUUCACCCAUCACCUUCAGUGCUUAUACCGGCACUACGAACUGUUGGAAAUAUUGUCACAGGGGAUGACUCACAGACUCAGUGCAUCAUUGAUCAUCAAGCUCUCUCCUGCCUCCUAAGUCUAUUGACUCAGAAUCACAAGAAAAGCAUUAAGAAAGAGGCCUGCUGGACCGUUUCAAAUAUUACCGCUGGUAACAAAGAUCAGAUACAGGCUGUGGUUAAUGCUGGAAUUAUUGGUCCUCUGGUACACCUGCUUCAAACAGCAGAGUUUGAUAUCAAGAAGGAGGCUGCUUGGGCCAUCUCGAAUGCUACCUCGGGUGGUUCCCAUGAUCAAAUCAAGUAUUUGGUCAGUGAGGGCUGCAUCAAGCCAUUGUGUGACCUUCUCCUUUGCCCAGACCCAAGAAUCGUUACAGUUUGCUUAGAGGGUCUUGAGAACAUUCUCAAAGUUGGAGAGACUGACAAGAAUUUGGGUGGCUCUAGUGAUGGAAAUGCCUAUGCGCAGAUGAUUGACGAAGCAGAAGGCCUGGAGAAGAUUGAGAACCUGCAGAGCCAUGAUAACAAUGAAAUCUAUGAAAAGGCUGUGAAGAUUCUUGAGGCUUACUGGAUGGAAGAGGAUGAUGAUGCGAUGGGAGGAGCUAUGGAAGUUCCCCAAGGUGCUUCCUUUAACUUCGGCCAAGGUGGCAACCCUGAUUUGAACUUGGGCUAAAUACAGAUUUGACCAAUGGUGUUAAAUUCCCUGUCGCAGCAGCUCUCACCAUUUGGUCCAGUCGAUGUUGUGUUAGUCCAAUAAGCUAAGGUUUCAAGGGAGCAAUUAUUUCAGCUGGUCCUGGGUAUCUUAUCGCAGUGUUUGUAAGAGGAUUAUGAUCGUCAAACUUGUGGAGUCUGGGUUUUUUUAAUCAGGCUACUAUGUAGGGGUUGCAUCUUUAGUAUGGUGUGCACUAUUUUGGUACUGUAUAGCCUGAGUUGAGCUUCUGCAACUCUGCGAGGCAAUUAGGGAAACGUUACUGAAUGCGGUUUGGUUUCCGGAUUCUUCAGGGGUGCACUUUGUCCGAACUUCUCAACUGUAAUGGUUCCACUUAAUUAUACUUGCGUCUUGUUCA